CCCCCCCCCCCCCCUUUCCACACCAAUACGCAGAGGACCAACCCAAUCCAUUCGUUUGCACACCAACCCCUGCCUUCUGCCUCAGCCAGUGCCAGAGUGGAUGCUGCCACAAUACCGAACUAACGCCGGGCACGCGUGAUUUGCCCUCAACUCAUCAUGAUGCGCAAGCGAAGGCGUGCGCGAAGAAGAGGUGGUGGUGGUUGCAACGUGCUUCCCAACAUGCACCUGGCUGCAGUGACCGCGUCACGCACACCCUCAGCGAGGAAAGCCUUCGCCACGCAACUGUCCAGAGCACUGCAUGUGAUGUGGAUGCUCAUUGUGGCUGUUUUACUGCUCAGCACAACCCCAGCACAAGCGUCGCUGUUUGAAACUUGCAACGUCCAAGACCAAACUGGGUGUGCGUGCUCAGAAGCACGGACGGACUGUUUGAACGACCCAGGAUGUGCGGCUGCCAUCAAAGAUGACAGCAGCGUACCAACUGGGGACUCCAGAACGCUCUUCGGCAUCUUUGUCGACGCCUGCUGUGACGGCUGCCCCGCAAACUACAACGACCGCGUCGAUGUCAUUCAAGAGCAAGGGAACACACGGUGCACGAGCAACUGUGGCAUACAAACUGUGGACUGCGUCAAGACAACAACAUGCUACGCCACAGCGGCCCAUCUGCUUGGCCGCACCGACAGCAUUGAUGUCCUGACAAACGUCACCAGCGCCUCCGACGCCGCGCUCAUUUCGGAGAUGUACUGGUGCCAGCAAGUCGAGUGCCGGACGUGCGAGACGCAGCGCAAGUGCACAGCAGUCAGCCUCGCCUGUGAGCCUGCACAGACGCAAGCAGAAUGCGUCGACUGGGGCUGCACAUGGGAUGGCGGAAUGAACUUCUGCCUGCCUCCCAACCCAACAACAUGCAGCACGCUUGACGAGUCUUCAUGCGAAACAAACGCCCAGUGCACGCUGGUGUCGGCUUGUCUGCUUGAACAGUGCCAGUGCGACACGCGCCCCUUUGAAGCGGGCGCAACGUACGGGCUGUACCUUUGCUCCUCCUUUGGCAACACGUCAUUCACAGGAGCAGACCUCACGUGCGGCGACACAACUGCGGAGCUCACGCCAGGCGCCGUCACCAUUGAAAGCGACGGCCUUGUUCGCUUCGAUAUUGCCCACGCCGAUCCAGACACGCUGCACGCAUUCUACUUCAGGCGCUCAGACAUUGCAGAUGCUGAACUGCUGGGCCAAGCGGUGACGGAUAGCAGAGGGAUGUUCAUGUCCAUCACGAUUUACGACGCCAACCGCCCCAUUGACCUUGAUCCCCGCACAACGACCGUCAGCCCCGUCCGUCUGUCCGACACCACAGACGGCCAGCUCUUCGUCUACUCCCGCGGCCGCUACAGAAUGUCAGCUGGUCGUUUCCGUCGAAGUGGUGGCGGUGGUGGUGGUGGCGGCGGUGGCGGCGGUGGCACGUAUUGCUACAACACAGACACGGCCAUCAACUAUGGAACGCCAGAGUGCUCUGGGGGAGAGGACGGGCAGUUCCUCAACGCAGAGGUGUCCCCCGCGUCAUCCGAUGUGCUGCUCAUCAGCUGCGACAUUGAUGGCCGCGCGUGCUACACCGUUAACAGCGAUGAUGACGAUGAUGCCAGUGGCAGUGACAUGAACAACAACAGCACCGCCAGCGGGAACCACACCGUCUUUGACAGCGUGUGCUUCAAUCAGACCGCUGAGGCAGAGUGCGUCAUGCACCCAGAGUGUCGGUGGGGUUCAUGCCAUGUCAGCAACGACAUGUGUCGCCUGUUCCAGGAAGAAAACGACUGCGUUGCCGGCAUGUGGAGUGACGCCUAUGGUGACUACACGUGCGCGUGGGACGGCGACCAUUGCUACACCACCAACCACGUCUGUGCCGGCCAAUCCAACGACACGUGUGCGCAGAUGGACGACGUGUGUCACUUUGACGCGUUCUGCUACCCGACCCACAACAAUGGAAGCAAUCCAGACUGCAAUUCGCACUGCAGUGCACAACUGGACGACUGCGCCGCUUCACCAGCGUGUGCCGCUGCGUACGCGUGUGCAAACGACACCGUCGACGCCAUGUGCCCAAACAGCCCCUCCUGGUCGUGUGUGCAGAACUGCAGCACGGCGCUGUUUGACGACGCCUAUCGCCUCUUCGUCGCUGUUGCCGACUGCCUGCUGCGCUGCUCCCCCAUGGCCGUUCCUGACCCUUCGCAGCCGUGCGGGGGCGUUCCGGACGACUGCAUCAUCUUUCAGGACAGCUUCUGCGCCGAAACCACAGAUGCCCGCGCCAACUUUUCAGACUUUUACACGCAACCCGCGCUCGCGCUGUUGUCCAACACUAUGGACAACUCCAGACAGCGAGGGGACGACGGUACUGGCAUUGCUGGCGACGGCGAUGGCACAGGUGCAUUGGCCUGGCCGCAGGUCGACUACAGCCCAGCCAACACGACCCUGGAUCACUACUAUCUCGGUGGCCUGUGCAUCGCGCGCCCGGCCUUUGCCGUUCUCAGGCAGCCGCUGCCACCGUCACCAUCGACGGCAGUGACAGAGAUGCACACGUCUGGCAACGACACUGUCGCUGUCGUCAGCGUGGAUGAUGAGGUGCGGAUCGAGGUGAGCUUCUUCGUGCCGGCAACGCCAUACGCCCGCGCAGAUGUGGCCGUUUUGGCCACUUCCCAGGACGGUCAGGAGGUGAUGGCUGGCUGCAUCCCAGCACCCAGCAACGCAACCGCCACUGCUGCAGCCGAUGGUGGUGAUGACGAUGAUGCUGCUGUGGGCACUUCAGCGAACACAACUGUUGGCUGCCGACUUUUCGUCCGCACAACCACCAACGUCACUAGCGCCGACGCCACAGCCAGCGCUUUUGGUGAUGACGUGUGGUUUGUGGGCAACAGCGUGUCUACCAUUGCCUCUGACACGCCGCACACGCUCGAGGUGCUGCUGUCGUCCGCAUAUGUCAUCCUGUCGCUGCGCGCACCAACCAUCAGCAGCACGGGCGACUAUGUCGGCGACCAGCAGCUGCAGCGCGAGUUUGUUGAGCUCCCGUUUGUGGUGCCGCAGAACUGGACCCACGUCGGGCUGGCCCUUGCCGCUGUUGGCACCUACGACAACGCAACGACAACGAUAGCAACAGCAGCAAGUGGCACCGCGACAAGCCCGUCGGGAACAGAGUCCACGGCCAUCACGUGCGUGUCAUCGCUGCGAAUUGGGCAGCAGCGGUGCGACGAGCGCUGCUCCCACCUCAGCGAACGCACCUGCGGUGCUGACAACAGCGACUGCACGUGGGACGCUGAUGCCCAAGUGUGCGUGUCAUCGGAGCCCUGUCCAUUCUGGGUGGUGCCCGGCUCGCCCUGCAUCGCCGAGGAAUGCCAAAGCGCAGGAGAUGGCGAGCCGUCGCAAGAGUGCUGUCUGGUCGGUGCUGAGCACUGCACCAACUACCCUGCUGACCCGGGCUGUCGCUGUGAUGGCCCCAUCGUGUUCUACUGCGGUGACAUCGGCCGCAUGCACUGCACCAAUGACACGACCACAACGACCACAACGACCACAACUAUGCCAGCAAUGUUGACAACAUCCACAACAACCACCACAUCCACGACAACAACCACCACAUCCACAACAACGACCACGUCAACGACAACGACCACCACCACCACCACCACCGCGACAAUAACGACCACGACAAGCGCAACAAGCACCACUCGAGCCUCAACAACGAACCCCACAAAGACCACGGUGCCAGAACUCCUGUGCACAAAAGCGACCAGACCGUUUGUGGACGAUGCGGCCACCUCCUUCAAGUGUCGCCCUGACGCAACCCACGUCACGCUUGCAGGCAAAUUCAGUGACUAUGACGACCCAACACACGUGCAGGUGCGGUGCACGUUCUGGCUGCAGAAGCUGGAAGGCGGAUUUGACUGCAACUGGCACGGCUGCUACGAGAGAGGAACGCUGCUGUCGAAGAACGACGUGCGCUGCAGGCUGCCGUCACAGCUUGCAUCAUUCAAGCCCCCGUUUCUGCGGGUGUCUGUGUGGGUGUUCCACGACAGCAACGUGGACGACAGGUCUAACACGAACUGCUUCAGCCGCACGGACACAUGGGAAACGGGCACGCACGCAGUGAUUGACACCACGUGCUUCUCAAGCGUGUCACCCGGCACGGGCAGCACACCGCUGCCUCCCGCCCCCAUGACGCAGGUUCCCUUGUCCACGUGCGAGUUCGAACCCCUCAAGAUUGAGGCUGUCACGCGUUCGUGCGGCGACCAUUUCGCUGCUGCCACCGUCACGCUGCAGGAAGCGUUUGCGUUCACACCUCCAACGGGUGUCAACGCCGUGCUCCCAGCAGCGGUUGCAGCUGCCGGUGGCAUGGGUGACGAUGAUGGUGGUGAUGGUGACACGGAUGGAAUGCUGGCUGGCGGCCCGGGCCAGGACGGCGAAGCGCUGCUGCCGCUGUACUGCCUGUUCUGGGCGGUGGACACAGCAGGGCAGGCACCGACGCUCAUGUGCGACCCGCGCACGUCCAUGUGCGUUUCGCAAGCAAUGUUCACCACCCGCGACCACACACAGGUGCAGUGCUUCAUCCCCUCGUUCAUCUCCAUCGACCCGAACACGCAGGCGCUGGCUGUCACGGUGGAGACCCUUCCUGUUCUCAUUCGCGACUGCAGCCUUGACCUUGACCCCAGGGCGCCUGGCCUCACGCGACCCUCCUCCUACUUCACGGAGGGCGAGUACGCGCUGUCUGUGGACCGUGCGGACGAGUGUGUGGCGUCGGACUGCCCGUUUGAGGCUGCUCCCGAGUCGCCGUGCAUCUCGCCAUCGUGCAGCGUCGUCAGCGAGGAUGGCACGGUCGACAGCGGCUGCUGCCGGCUUGUUGAUCGAUACUGCAACCUGGCAACGAGACCCGACUUUGCGUGCUCGUGUGCGUCUGUUGCAGACAUUGGCUGCCCGUACACGCCGUGCUUUGCGCCCGUUAUUGGCGGCACGCCGCUGCUCCGGCUCAACAGCACCAACGCCACCACCACGAUUACGGCAACCGUGGAUGAUGGUACCAACACCACCACGUCCACGCUCAUCUCCUCGGCCACUGCGCUCUGCAAUCAGGGCAUUGGCUCUGUGGUGGUGUACUUUGAUGCGGCCUUUGAACUUGUGGCGUCAGCCCGCAAUAAGCACAUGUUCGUGACUGCACUCAUCGUCACCGUUGAGAGCAAGGGCAUUCCUUCCGACACCAUUUCCUGCGUCCACGUCGGCCGGGGCCGCCGCGAAACCAUUGCAGCCACGGUGUUCUUCACCAACGAGACGAGCCAGGCGGUCAUGCAGCAAGCUGUCGACAACAACGAGGUGGCCUUCUCCCUCGGCGGCCACGAGUACACGGGCCAGAGCACGGAGCCCUCAGCAAGCCAGGCAGUGCCGGCCGCAAGCGUGGGCGCUGGUGUUGGCGUGUUUGUUGCCCUGGUGCUGCUUGUCGCCCUGAUGGUGAAGCGGAGAAAGCAGCAGAAGCGCCGGCACAGCUCCAUGUACGUGCAGCGCGAGCUAAGGGGUGACGGGUACGAUGGCGACAAUGACCAUGGCGACCACGCUGGCAACGCCGCCUUUAAUGACGGCCUUGACGAUGGACAGCCGGCAACCAAACGUGCGCACGCAGAGGCCCCGGCACCGGCACCAGCAGCAUUUGUCGCACCGCCCUGGGUCGAGGACGACUCUCCGUUUACGGACGACAUUGAGAUGCAACACAUGGGCUUGACCAUGGUGCAGCAACAGCAGCAGCAGCAGCAGCAAGCACAGCACGACGCUGAAGCGUCGAACAAGCUGGCCGAGUCCAUCAUGAAAGGCAUCGGCAUGUCCUCACAGCCCAUGUGGAUGCCCGAGGACGAGGCGGUGUUCCACAGCAACAGCAGCGGUCGCAUAUCCCCCACAACGGCCGGCGCACACGCGCAGGGCCACCGCCUGGCGGGCAGCGCGGACAGCGGCGACCCGGAUGCCGAUCUCACGCUGCCGGAGGGCACGGACCUGGCGGAGCUGCUGCUUGGCAGUGACGGGUCGCCUGCACCACCGAACGUGAUGCUCGAUGACGCUUUCUUUGAGGACGCCAACGAUGCUGCCGCUCCUGCUGACAGCGACCACCCGAGCGCGGGUCUCGACUUUGAUGACAUGCAGCAGGGGCAGCGGGAACAGGAGCAGGAGCAGGCGUCCCCAGCCACCGACACGUCGGCCGUGACAAUGCUGGACACGAUGCUUGCCUCACACACGCCAUCGUCCCGCACGCAGACGCCGACGGGCUCAACUGGGGUGAGCAACAAGGCUGCGUCGUCAUCCAUCAACCAGACCCCUUCCCCCGCGCUCUCCUCGCAACUGCACGAGCAGGAAAUGGAGGAACUGGACCCAGCGGCAGCAAACUUUGCGCCCGGCACGACCAUGGCAACGGCCUCUGUGCUGAAUGCAAUGGAUGCGCUGUGGUCGUCGCUGGCGCCGGCUGACGAGCUGUUGCCUGCAAGCACGCUGCUUGCUGCUCCCGUGGCCGCGGCAUUGUACAGCCAGCGACAAUCAGGAACACAGCAGCAGCAUGCCCCAACCGAUGCGCCCAACUCGCAGCCGUUCCAGGGCAUGCAGCAGGCCGCCAGCACACUUGGCUUUGGAGGCCGCAGGCUUUCGGAGGAGUCAUCGUUUGGCUUCCCAACGGGUGGGCCGUUCAACAACAGUGGGACGGGGCUACCAGCAACGCCGCUGGCACCGUCAGCAGCGCCGGUGCCGACCGACAUGUCCAUGCACGGCGCGCCGCUCGCACCAUCAUCCUCGCUGUUUGAUGUGUCCAGCGCCCUUGAUGCCGGCAGUGGUGGCAGUGGAGAUGUUCUUGGCAGUGCCGAUGCGGCGUGGUACAUCACAUCGGUGCGUGCGCAUGAAGUGUGCACGGCAAUGAGCACAACGCCCCUGCAUGUAGCCGCUGCCGUUGGCGACAGGGUGGCUGUGCGUGCGAUGGUGGCUGCGCUGCAGGACGGUGUGCGCAACCGCCACGUCAGCAGCAGUCGCAACAGCAGCUACCGUGGCAGUCGCAACAGCAGCUACCGUGGCAGUCGCUUUGGGAGCACCGGGCGCAGGCGGAGCGGCGCGGGCAUCACUGGCAGCGCCAGCAGCACCAGCAACGAUGGCGGUAAUGGCCAUGUGAGUGGUGUCGGUGGUGUCGGUGGUGCCGGUGGCAACAGUGCAUCAAGCGAGGAUGUGCUGCGGCAAUGGACAGAUGAGGUGGUGGCUCAGGCCAUGCAGCCCCAGUCUGGGCGCAGCAGCCUGUCGCGGACGUCAGCGAAACAGCGCACACCGCUGUCUGCCGUCUUUGGGCCCACCUCGACGCAGCGGUCGCACUCCUCCCCGUCAUCUGCACCGGUGGCGUCGUCGCCUGCGUUUCUGCUGCCGCCGUCCAUCUCGCCGGCGUCCUCAACCUCGGGCCUGGCACGGACCAUCACGGACGCAAAGUCGCCCACAAGCAGCGCCGGCAGGCGGCGGAAGCGCUCGAUGGACACGGCGGUGCCCACGACGCUGCUGCGGCACCCGGCCGACCUCAGGGACGAGCUGGGACGCACGCCGCUCAUGUUUGCCGCCAACUGCGGGCAGGCGGCGUGCGUGGAGGUGCUGUUGGAGGUGGGCGCGCAGCCAGACGCCGUGGACACGAGCGAGCGCACGCCCCUGCACCACGCGUGCCUUGGCGGCGGGGAUGUUGACGCGGACGGAGUCAUUGGGCGGCUGUGCGCGGCGUCGCCUGAGACGGCAUCGCGGCUGGACGUGAAUGGCCAGUCGCCACAGCACGCAGCGUGCCUGGUUGGAAACACGCGCGCGCUCGAGGCCAUGUGGCGAAACGGCGCCGAGGUGGAUGUGCAGGACGACGGCGGGGCAACGCUGCUGCACGUGGCCGUGCGCCGCGAAGACGUUGUGGUGAUGCACAGCGUGAUUGCGGCGGCCGCACACGCCAUGGGCUCCAGCGAUGCCCUGGUGAACUUUGUUGACGAGGCAGGCAACACGCCGCUGCACUGGGCGGCGCAGCUUGACUGGCAGGACGGCGUGGAGGCACUCCUGCAGCACGGUGCACAGGUGACGCACGCCAACAAGCGCGGGCUGACGGCGCUGCAUCUUGCUGUUCGCGAAGGCAGCGCGCGCGCCGUUGAAACGCUGCUGUGCUCGUCUGAGGUGCACGUGCGGCAAAUCAGGCAGACACUGGACACGCCGGUUCCCUCGGGCGAAACGGUGCUGGCGUUUGCGCAGCGCGUCAGUGUGGACGAGGUGGUGGCGCUGCUCGUGCGUGUUGCGGACGAGCAUGACACGACGUUUGGGCUGUCGGACGGCGAGUGGGAACAGCUGCGCGCGGCUGUAGGCCCAGCGCCCAACACCCACGCCAGCAGCAGCGGUGCUGGUGGUGGGCACGGCAGCGUCAGUGGCAAUGCAGCCAGCCCAACCUCCUCUGACAAGAGCGCACAGAGCAAUCGCACGGGCAAGUCGCUGUCAAGCGGUGUGCCCGCGAUCUCUCCGCGCAGCAACGCCAGCAACAGCGAGAGUUCCACCACAGGCACCAGCACCGCCACGAACGGCAGUGGGCAAAGGGGAAAGCCAGGUGCUGCAAAGAAUGGUGGAAACCGCAGCCGGGGAAGCAACACCAGUCGUGGUCGUGGUCGUGGCCGUAAUGGCGACGAUGGUGAUGCUGGUAAUGGUGGCGAUGGUGGUCAGAGCAAGCGACGCACGCGCGUGUGGACAGAGGAGCGCCGGGAGAAGAACAAGCGGGACUGCCGCCUCCGCCGCCAGCGCAAGAAAGAGGAGCAAGCGCGCCUGGAGCAGCGUGUGAAAGGUCUGGAGAACGAGCACGUAGUUGUGUCUUCCAUUCUCGAGAAACUGCGAGCUGAACGUGACGCCUUGCUGGAACACGCGGCCACAUGACAUGAACCGUGUGAAGUUGGAGAGGGCGGGUUGUAGUUGAGCGUAAGUGUGUGUGUGUGUGUGUGUGUGUGUGUGUGUGUGUGU